AUGUGGAUGAGUGUGCAGAGGAGGGCUACUGCAGCCAGGGCUGUACCAACACAGAAGGGGGGUUCCAGUGCUGGUGUGUGCAGGGCUACGAGCUGAGGCCUGACAAGCGCAGCUGCAAGGCUCUGGGUGGGCGUAACCGAUGUGGGACCAACAACGGGGGCUGCAGCCACCUCUGUCUCCCUGGCAACAAGACCUAUACCUGUGACUGCCCCACGGGCUUCAAGAAAGUGGACCAGCAUAACUGUGCCCUGAGUCUUGACAAGUUCCUGCUUUUUGCCCGAAGGACGGACAUCCGACGAAUCAGCUUCGACACCGAGGACAUGUCGGAUGACGUCAUCCCGCUGGCCAACGUACGCAACGCCGUGGCACUGGACUGGCACGCCGAGGAGGGCUUCAUCUAUUGGACUGACGUCACCACCGACUCCAUCAACCGGGCCCAGUGGGACGGCUCAAGGCAGGAGGUGGUGGUGGACACCAGUCUGGAAAGUCCAGCCGGUCUGGCAAUUGACUGGGUGACCAACAAACUCUACUGGACCGAUGCAGGUAAGGAACG